GAGUAGGAACUGUAGUUGACCCUUGAACCUCAUUUCUUGUAAUUCUCUUUGGAGAUUGUAAUAUUCCCCGUCUCCCUCUAGAUCUCCUACAUUUCGGAGAUGGCGGAUGCGCAAUCCAGAUACGUUAAGCUGACUAAAGAUCAGGAUCCUUUACAGGAUAUCCAACCUGGUGAACUUAAUCAGCCCAUUGAUGUUCCUCAGUUGCAUGUCCGAAAGUGCAACGAAUGUGGACAGGCUUUACCUGAAAACUUUGAGCCACCCGCUGUUGAACCUUGGACUACUGGAAUUUUUGGCUGUGCUGAAGAUACAGAAAGUUGCUGGACUGGACUAUUUUGCCCAUGUGUUCUAUUUGGGCGUAAUAUUGAGAGCUUGAGAGAUGAUACGCCUUGGACUACACCAUGCAUUUGUCAUGCUAUUUGUGUUGAAGGUGGCAUGGCAUUGGCAGUUGCAACAGCUGUCUUCCAUGGUAUUGACCCGAAGACAUCUUUUCUCAUUUGCGAGGGUUUGUUGUUUGCUUGGUGGAUGUGUGGAAUAUAUACCGGUCUUGCUCGGCAAUCCUUACAGAAAAAGUAUCAUCUCAAGAAUUCACCCUGUGAUCCGUGCAUGGUGCACUGCUGCAUGCACUGGUGUGCGUUAUGCCAGGAGCAUAGAGAGAUGAAGGGAAGGCUAUCAGAUAACUUUGUCAUGCCGAUGACUGUUGUCAACCCACCCCCUGUUCAAGAGAUGAGCUCUUCCAAUGAAAACCGUGAUUCAUCGCCACCCUUCGGGACUAGCACUAACUUGGAGAUGCAACCUCUCUAAGCUCCGACAUUCUUCCUACAAGAAAAAAGGCAUAUCGGUGAACGGUUUUUGUUUAAGAGGGAUUUUAUUGUCAGAUUCAUGUCUUGUUUCGAUAUAGAAUUGGCUAGUCUUCGCAGAAGUACUCUGCCAUACUCUUUGCAUGCGGCCUAUUAACCCUUCUGAUCAACUAGUCUUCACAGAAGUACAAAAAAUGGCAUAUUGGUGAG